UUUUUUUUUUGUUUAAUGUGAUAUUUCCAUUUUUAUAUAAUUUACUACCAUUUUAAGAUAGAUGUUCAUUUUAAGAUAGAUGUUUAAAUCUUAAUGUUCUUUUUCCAUUUUUUAAAAUAAGAAGAUGAGGAUGAUCAAUUAAAACUUAGUCGAUCGAAAUUGGUGCUAAUCGAUUUUCGAAGUUGGAUUGAGUUAGUUUUUCAUUGAAUUAUCAAAUCCUAAUGCUUGAACUAUUGCUUUGACAAUAAAAACAUGGUUACAAUAAUAUCUACCCAACACAUUACAAACUUAUGGUUUUAUAAUACACUAAUGAGAAUUUUUGCAGAGAUAGUCUAUAAAUGAAGAGGUGUGCCUGGUAAUCAUCAAUGCAUUAGGUUUAAGGUUAGUAGUAAGUUCCCAAUUUUUUGAGCGACUUUAAACGUUGGAAAAUUGAACACAUCACUGAAAUGAAACUCCUCAACAGUGAUGACGUGGAACAAACACAACCGUUUAGAAUAACCUACACGCUUCCUUUAUCCUACGCCGAUUAGCGCGCAUAUUAGUCAAACACACAGUUGAGGAGCGUAUAUCAGCCAACCGCACGUUAACCACCUUCCCAACAAGGCGCGAAAACCUUCCCAGACUUAUCCGACAAAUUUCAUGCGACGAUUACCCUUUGUCUGUUCACCGUCAAGUCACCGUCUCAACCCCGUAACAUCAAUGUCUACCGGAUCCAAUUCACUGAUUUGGUUCCGUAAAGGUCUCCGUGUCCACGACAACCCGGCUCUCGAACACGCCUGCUCAAAGGCCUCCUCCGGAUCCAUGUACCCGGUUUUCGUGAUCGACCCGCGUUACAUGGAGCCGGACCCAUCUGCGUUCUCCCCCGGUUCGUCGCGCGCGGGAGUAAACCGGAUCCGGUUCUUGCUGGAGAGCCUCAAGGAUCUCGAUUCCGGUUUGAAGAAACUCGGUUCGCGGUUGCUGGUUCUGAGAGGCGAACCCGGCGACGUCCUGGUUCGUUGCUUGCAAGAGUGGAAGGUGAAGAGGCUUUGCUUUGAGUAUGAUACUGAUCCAUAUUAUCAAGCUUUAGACUUUAAAGUUAAGGAGUAUGCUUCUUCGGUUGGUGUUGAGGUUUUCUCUCCAGUGAGCCAUACUCUUUUCAAUCCCACUGAUAUUAUACAGAAAAAUGGUGGGAAGGCACCUUUGAGUUAUCAGUCGUUUCUGAAGAUAGCUGGGGAGCCUUCUUGUGCUGAAUCUGAGCUUGUGAUGUCUUAUUCUUCACUUCCACCGAUUGGAGAUGUUGGGAGUCUUGGAGUUUCGGAAGUUCCAACACUUGAGGAACUUGGCUACAGAGAUGAUGAACAAGCUGAAUGGACGCCUUUUAGAGGUGGUGAAUCAGAAGCUUUGAAACGAUUGCACAAGUCAAUCAGUGAUAAGGCAUGGGUGGCGAACUUUGAGAAACCAAAGGGUGAUCCAUCUGCAUUCUUAAAGCCCGCAACUACUGUUUUGUCACCUUAUUUGAAAUUUGGAUGCCUGUCUUCGAGGUACUUUUAUCAAUGCCUUCAACGUGUUUAUAAGGAUGUGAAAAAGCAUACAUCGCCGCCAGUUUCUCUCCUUGGACAGUUGUUGUGGCGAGAGUUUUUCUAUACCACUGCGUUUGGAACUCGUAACUUUGACAAAAUGAAGGGAAACCCAAUCUGCAAACAGAUUCCAUGGAAAGAGGAUCAUGAUAUGUUGGCUGCUUGGAGGGACGGUAAGACAGGAUACCCUUGGAUUGAUGCCAUCAUGGUUCAGCUUCUGAAAUGGGGUUGGAUGCACCAUCUAGCGCGUCACUCUGUAGCCUGUUUCCUAACUCGUGGGGAUUUGUUCAUACAUUGGGAACAAGGGCGUGAUGUGUUCGAGAGGCUUUUGAUUGAUUCAGACUGGGCAAUUAAUAAUGGGAACUGGAUGUGGUUAUCAUGUUCCUCCUUCUUUUACCAGUACAAUCGCAUAUACUCACCUGUAUCUUUUGGAAAGAAGUAUGAUCCUGAUGGCAAGUACAUUAGGCAUUUUCUCCCGGUCCUGAAAGAUAUGCCAAAGCAGUAUAUUUAUGAGCCAUGGACAGCGCCGUUGAGCGUUCAAACUAAAGCUAAGUGCAUAGUCGGAAAGGACUACCCAAAGCCAAGGAAAGGAAAGUCAUUUGCAAACAUUUGUGAGUUUGUUGUUGUCAGUGGUUAUGCAUGAUGCAGCAAGCAAGGAGUGCAAGAGGAAGAUGGGUGAAGCAUAUGCAUUGAACAAGAAGAUGAACGGUAACAUCGGUGACGAUGACUUGAAGGAUUUGAGGAGAAAGCUUGAGACAGAUGGAGAAUCUAACAUCAGGAAUCAACGACCAAAAACUCAACUAAAGUAUCUAAUGAGAUUUGAUGAAAUAGACAUUUAUAAAAACUAAUUGUAGUAGCUGGUGGUAUGGGGCUUAAAUAAUGUUAAAAUGCUCUUCUAUUUAAGGUCAACGAGUCAACCGCAAACAGUAGGGGAGGCUAUUUGUAAAGGAUUAAAGUAUCGGUGCCAAAUGUAAAAAAGACAAAGAAAAAGAGAAACUUUCCUGUUUAAAACUAAAUAGAAGGACCAGUUUGUUA